CGGGGGAGGCAGUCAGCAGAAGGUCGACCCAGAGACCUCCGGAGCAACUGGGAUGUAUUGAUGACUGGUGUGAGAGAGCAUGUGGGGUGGAGCGGCCAGAAGAUCCUGAGGACCUGGGGGAGGAGUGGUCCAGCCUCAGGUCAGUCGUGGCCGCUCCUUCUGCCACCAUGGUCCUUGUAGAUGAGGUAACUGAUGAAAAUGAUACUUAUACAGAAAUUAUCACUCCAGUGACGAACAAUCAGGAUGAAGAAGAAGAUUGCAUAGGAUGCUGCUUCCGGAUCCAAAGGAACAAUCGACAGACGUCACAAAGAUCCACCUCUGGCUGCAUCAGAAAGUUAUGCUCCUGGCGCCACCAGCGAGUGCACCCCGCUAAUGGGUCGGGGACAGAAGAAACCCCGGGCUCCCAUGAAAGGCUGCCCAGCACCGCAGGAGGAAUAGAGGCUCCAAGUGGCUGCACAAUGCCGGCCGAUGACGCAACUAAUAAUAAUGGCAUGGCUUUGGAGCGCCCCACUCCAGUGACAAACAAUCGGGGUGAAGAAGAAGAAGAUUGCAUAGGAUGCUGCUUCCGGAUCCAAAGGAACAAUCGACAGACGUCACAAAGAUCCACCUCUGGCUGCAUCAGAAAGUUAUGCUCCUGGCGCCACCAGCGAGUGCACCCCGCUAAUGGGUCGGGGACAGAAGAAACCCCGGGCUCCCAUGAAAGGCUGCCCAGCACCGCAGGAGGAAUAGAGGCUCCAAGUGGCUGCACAAUGCCGGCCGAUGACGCAACUAAUAAUAAUGGCAUGGCUUUGGAGCGCCCCACUCCAGUGACAAACAAUCGGGGUGAAGAAGAAGAAGAUUGCAUAGGAUGCUGCUUCCGGAUCCAAAGGAACAAUCGACAGAUGUCACAAAGAUCCACCUCUGGCUGCAUCAGAAAAUUAUGCUCCUGGCUCCACCAGCGAAUGCAACGGGCUAAUGGGUCGGGGACAGUUCACCCUCGGCAUAUUUUGGUGAAGGAGUACAGCAGCUCAGAAGAUAUUCCAUCUGACCCCUCACUCAUGUUGUACGAGUGGCCUUACAGAAGCGAAUUUAUUGCGGAGAGCGUUGGCAGCAUCACUAACGAAGAUGAAGAAUGUUACAUGGCAGAUAACGAGAAUUCUGACAAGGAAAGCAGAAUUAAGCGGAAGCGGAAACGCUCCCUGUUCCUGCGUUUAAGAAAAGCAUUUGGGGGGACAGCCUCCGAUGCCGAUGAUGAGCACACCUAGGAAGAGGCAGUGUCGAUGUGGCAGACCGGGGGUGCAAAGAUUGUCAGUUUGGCAUCAAUGACAACCUGGAUGUGAACACCCCCAGCCUACGCCUCAGCACAUCCAUACCAUCAGGACCUCCACCUAAAUAAGUCCAGAAGCAGCCUCACUCAAUGCUCACCUCCUAGGGCACCUCACUUAGUAUAAUCUCCGUUGUUUAACUGCAUAGAUUUAGUGUAUUAGUUAUAUCCCUAGUUUUAUCUUUUAGUUUUCUCUAUAUGUUCUAUAUGUUCAAUAUUUAUCUCUAUGUUCUGUCUUUAUGAAA